GAUAGGGUUCUUGCGGAGGUCUUGAUGGCGCUGGGGAGAGCGCUCGCCUCCGCCGCGAGGAAAGCUGCUGCCGAUUCCAUUCCAAGAUCCUACAUUGCGUCUCGAUCGGUGACAAGAUUUCGAGCUGCUGCCUCCGCCGCGGCGCAUUUCUCCAUCCCUUUCCACAAUGCGACCGCGCAAGCUCGUUUGGUCGCGAGAUUGAGCGCUGGAGGGAAUUUCACUUCGUUUGCGUUGUUUCAAGAUGAUGAAGGCACAUAGUGAUGUUUCCAGCGCCCCUAAAUGACACUGCAAUUUUUUUUACCUGCU